GGUUUCAUGAGCCAACAAUAAGCCAAUGCAAUCCAGGGAAGUCGUGGGCCCUACUACGCCUGUUCCAACUGUCGUUUGAUCGUCAGAUGCGUUUGUCACAUUUCGAAGCUCUUGCUGCGCGCGUGACGAGCGUUUUCUUAGGCCAGCGGGUCCACAAAGGCUAGGAAGAAUCGCAAAAAUGGACCUGCGAAAAGUCAAGGACGACGAGAAGCUGCGGCUAUGUCGGUGGUACUACCGGGGCGGUUUCUUCGCGCUGCCGUUCCUUUGGCUGGUGAAUGCGGUCUGGUUCUUUCGGGAAGCCUUCAUCCGACAGCCGUUCGAGGAGCAGCGGAUGAUCAAGGCGUAUGUGAUCAGGUCGGCGAUAGGCGCCUCGCUGUGGACCAUUGUGCUGGUCGCCUGGGUGGCGUACUUCCAGAUCAACCGCGUCCAGUGGGGAGCCUUCGGUGAUGCCAUAUCGUUCAUCACUCCCACGGGAAUACCCUAACGCCCGGCAACAGUUGCAAGACUGAACGCCAACGCGUCGUCCGAACAGUUGGGAGUCGCACCCGCGAACUCGCUGCUUUUUGCGAGGUUGUGUUGUGCACGGGUGUGCGAGUACCGCCGUGAACGUUACACUGUAGCCGGCUCCAUUAAAAUUGCUCUUAACCGCA